UAUAUAUUUUUUUUUUGGCUUCGACAGUAAGAUUUUGUUGCUGCUUGUUCCUGUCCGUAAAGACCUGUCACGGCGUUCAUAUCAGUCAAGAUUACAGUCAAAAGUUUGCCUCGAAUCGACUGUUUGUGCCUAAGCAGGGGUGCUAUAGGCACAUAAGUGACCAAACCCCUCCAGUUUCCUAACAGACGAAACAGUCUUUUCGGCUCCCAAGUCUCUUCAUAACUUGGACCCCAAGGAGAGGUAGCCGUGGCUGUCUUGCAAGGAGUUCGAAGAGGGAACCGCCGCCGCCCUGGCUGAACUGGCUCCCGUAAUCAGCGUUGAUGCUGAUCUUUGCUUGAAUUCGACGAGCAUUGACUAGUGUCUGCGGCUAAAACACCCCCUUCUCAGUGGUUCGCACUGCUUUCCUUUUCCUGAUCUCUCACAACUGACGGACAAACGUGCCAUUGAAUCCCCCGGUGCAGCUCGUGCAAAAGCCCGCCAAUCCAGGAUGGUUUUUUGCGGCAAACCAAGUAAAGGUUGUGGUGAGUGCCGAUCUCGCAAGAUCCGAUGCGAUCAGGGCCGACCGACCUGCUCGCAAUGUGCCAAGGGUAAUCGGUUCUGUCCCGGGUAUCGGGACGAGUUGUCCCUUAUGUUUCGGGAUGAGAGCCAGCAGGUGGUCCGCAAAGCAAAGACCGGUCUCUCCGCACGAAGAACCAAGAAGCCCAAGAAACCGGCCCGCGCAGAGUCACACGGCAGCACCAGCAGCAACAGCACCAGCAGUAGUCCCAAGAUCUCAGUCAACGGGACGAGCUCGUCGUCGGUGACCAUCGGAAGUGACAUAUCUGAUUUCAACGAAGUGGACGACCUUGGGUUUAUAAAGGUGGAGGGAGAACAGCUCGCAUGCAAGCCGCUGGCGCUGCAGCCGUCCUAUCAACUGACUGACAAUGAAGCUGUCAGCUACUUUAUCCGGCAUAACGUGUGGCCAGGGGCUAUCUUUAUGAUGGACUUUGAGCCUAAAGCUCCGGCACACCGCGCUACGCUAAGUGAACAAGCUCAGAUGGCGAGUCUCGUCUCAGUAGGGACAGCCAUGCUCUCGCGUGUCCGACAAUCUGUUCAUCUGGCUCUGGAAGCGGAGCGGGGGUACGGUCAUGCACUUACCCUUUUGACAAGGGCUGUCUGUAACGAAAAGGAGUCAAAGGCCAAUGCGACGUUGUCGGCGGUGUUGCUAUUGGCAAUCUUUGAGGUUAUCACGAGCCGUGCGCCCAAGAACAUUGAGAAAUGGACAAAUCAUAUAUACGGGGCUAUAGCGUUACUGGAAAUCCGAGGACCGGAACACUUAUCGACUGAGGAGGGGCUGAAGCUUUUUAUUCAACUGAGGUUCCAAAUUAUUAUCAGCUGCCUCCAAAGGGGGGCGCGAGUCCCACAAUCCCUUCUCGAAUGUAGUAAGAUCGCUAUGUAUCUCCGACCCCAAAUCGACGCCUAUUGUGAUCGCCUUAUUUAUAUUGCGGGGAAACUCUCCAACCUACGAGCGGAUAUCAACUCCAAAAUCUUGACAGACGCCAACGAAACGCUCUCUGCGGCAUAUGCUGUAGAAGCAGAGCUUCUCGCAUGGGUCGCAGCGGGGCCGACCGAUUUCUCAUACACCACGUUUACGUGUGCAUCGGUACCGGAAUGGGUGAGAAUGUUUGGCAACAGGCCUUUUCCAUACAACAAUCAAUACCAUGUCUACCGGGAUCUAUGGAUUUGCCAUACCUGGAACCAAUACCGAUGCUCCCGGGUCAUCGUCUGCGAAAUCAUCCUCAGUUGCCUCCGGCGGCUUUCGGCGGUGUCCCCAACGAUGGCCAUGUCCAAGGAGCUCCAGGGCCACUGCGCGCAAAUCCGCCAGGUAACACGAGAGUUAGCGCAGGACAUCUGCGCCAGCGCGGUGUAUCACCUUGGCGUUGAGGGACCGGAGGCGGCGUCGUACAGCGUGCCCGCCAGCUACUGCUACGUCGGCGGUAUGCUGCUCCUUUGGCCCCUGACCCUUGCCGGUGCGACAGAGCCCCGAGACCACCCACUGCGUCGAUGGGUGCGCGAAUGCCUGCGGGUGAUCGGGCAUAGCAUUGGGAUUGACCAGGCGUUGGCAAUCAUCGAUAUUCUAGAAGCCGAAGCAGGAGUCUUUGAAGGUAUGGAGGAAAGCGAAUCGGGAGUUGUCUUCCGAGACACGGUGGAUGCAAGUGUACACAACCGGGUCCUUGUGGGGACGUGGAACUUUUAGGAAGAAGUAAGCGGCAGAGUUAGGGAUUAUAUUAUGAGAUCUAGGACAGUUGAUUAAUUAUGGAAUUUGUCAGACCCAGUAAGUAACUAGUUAACUAUUAUGACGCCUUGUGGUAUCCGUGCAUGAACCCAGGAUUUCGGAGUCAUACAUGGCAAGGCUCAAUAGUCACAGUCAUACUACUAUAGUUAUAUAAUGUGACGCGCACAGCCACCAAUGAUGAUGAUGAUGAUGAUGAUGAUGAUGAUUUAUCGCUCAGCCUUGCGGAAGCUCAACACUAUUGGAUAUUCAAAUCAAUAACAU